GGCUCAAGGAGCCACUGAGCAAACAGCUUUUCAGAGAGCUUCAACUCAGCUGUCAGAGGGGGCAGUUUGGUCUCUCUGCAAGCAAUACUCACAUUCCAAACUGCAUUAGGGAAAAGCUGGUGGGGGUUUAUGCAUUUUUAUUAUCAGUUCCAGACUAGGAAUUUGAUGCUAAUUUUUUCUUAAAGCCUGCGUUUGCAGUAGAGUUUAUAUUCUAAAACAAAGCCAGGAUUGUGAUGUUUUUCUCUCACUAGCUUGCUCUUCUUUAUCUUUUCUUUUUUUUUCCUCCCCUUGGCUUUACUCCAAGGACCUUUUCUGCUUGUUUGUUACACUCUCAAGAUGAAGCACUGGAUGGUUACAGCAGUGCUGGUAGCACUGGUACAGGUUUCUCAGAGUUUCCCUGCCUUGUACCACCGAGGUUGGUGGAGGCUGCUAAGGGAAGGAGAUAGUUGUGGAAAAUGCGAUUUGACGCUUUGCUCUGAGCCUAAAGAUUGUCCAGCCGGGACUGUGUUGGAUCGUUGUGGCUGCUGUCUGGAAUGUGGGAAUGUGGAAGGUCAGAUCUGCGACUUGGACCAGGGCAAUCAUUUUUAUGGGCAGUGUGGGGAUGACCUCGAGUGCAGGCUGGAUGCUGAUGAAGCAAGGUUUGGGGAAGUCCCCGAACCCCAGUGUGUGUGCAAGUCUCAAGAGAGCAUCUGUGGACCCGAAGGGAAAACCUACGAGAACAUCUGUCAAUUCAACAAGGCUUAUGCUGCAAAAAGAAAUAUCAGCAUGAAACAUAAAGGGCCAUGUGAAUCAGCUCCUGUUAUUUCUAUGCCACCUCAGGACACCCAGAAUUACACAGGCAAUGAUGUCAUUUUUGGCUGUGAGGUGUCAGCCUAUCCUAUGCCACACCUUGAAUGGAAAAAGAAGGGGAAUAAAAUGUUUCUGCCAGGAGAUGACACCCACGUCUCAGUUCAGGCAAGAGGUGGGCCUCAGAAGUAUGGUGUGACAGGUUGGCUGCAGAUUCAAGGACUCAAAAAGUCAGAUGAAGGCAUUUACAUCUGCCACACCAGAAAUAAGUAUGGUGCAACAUAUGCUUCUGCAAGACUGAAAGUCGUUGAUGACCCAUCUCCUCCAUUUGCAUUUACUGCUGGCAGUAGAAGUGCAAGCUACAGCAUUGAAUAUGAGGACUAUUAUGACAAUUCUGAUGAAGAAGAUGACGAAGAAUAUGAAUCCGGGGACUAUGAUAAUGGAAAUGACUCUGAAUAAUAAUUUUUAUACAUCUGUUGUCCAAUACCUUUCACACUGUUAUAUUUACCAGUAAUCUCUGUGCUGUAAAUGGCUCCUCUGAUAACACAUAUAUAUCCACCUUCCUGAAAUUCAGCUUUGGAUAAAGUGUAUCAUGCUACUCAACAUGCACCUUUCUACUAGAUAUACCAAAGGCAUCAAAUCUUAUGUUAAUUUUAAAAUUAUUUUAUAAUUUCUUUCACACAUUCUAAUUUGUCUAGCAAAAAUGUCAAUAGUUAAACAAAAAUUUUACCUUGUAUCAGUUUCCUUUUUUCUAUAAUGUACUACAAAAUAUCAAAAGAUUGUUCACAUGGCAACAAGUGUAAGUAUGGAGUUUGCAAACUAGUCUUUAAUCUCCUUAGUUCCUGUUUUCUCUUAAGUUUCAGCAAGAUUUUCCUUCUCAUUUGAAAUGUUCCAUGAUUAGUCUCAUCAAAAGUGAAUUAUCUGUCUUUUAGGGGAUUAUUUUGUUUACUUUUAAUAGAUACAUGAAGCAAUCCCAGUCUAAAGCAAGUAAGUGCUGUUUUAUUGGCAAUACUCAGACAUUCCCAAAAAAGAUUCUUUGUGCAUUCAAGCAGCUGAGCACACCUUUGAACUCCUCUUUGUGACAGCUCCUGUGUUUCUCCUCACAGUUCUGGCUCCUUCCCCCAGCCCAGGGAGCGGUUCAGAGUUUGGGAUGGUUACUUCACUCUCAACAGGACGGUGUUUGGUGGCAUCACUGCAGUUUAAAAGCAGCAGUGGCUCUGUAGCUCGGUGCCUGCUCUUCAAACACGCAGAGAUCUGCCCUACAAGAGUUCCUUUAUCUUGUGCUGUGAAUGAAUUGCUCCUACUCUGACCCAUCCAUACUAUGUCCAACUAAAGCACAGCCAGCAUUGCCAGGCUGCUGGAAACGGCGGCAGGAAAGCGGGAAUCGUUCUUUCUGAAACCCACUGAACACAGGCACAUUGUUCAAAUCGAUCCACAGGAACCAGACAGCAAAGGAAACACAUUCAAAUUCCAAGUGUAGAGUGAGAAAUUUCUCCAAUUGCUUUUGUUAACUAUUUACAUGAAGGCUGGCUCUGAAUUAAUGGGUGACAGAAGACAUCAACUAUGAAAUCCACUUCUGGGGGGCACUUACACCUCUGGUUCCUAUGGGCUGAGGACAGAUGAACAGAGCUAAAUUAUUCAACAUUUAGGACUAAGGAAGCAGAAGUUCAGGCAACUGCUUGGAAAGCCUUGGUAUCCAAGGGACAAACUCACAUAGUGAUUACUGCACACACCAAGGUAACCAUGAGUUAAAUUGAUGGUGACAAGAAAGCUUCAGGGGCAGUGCUACUGUAUGCAUACACGUGUAGAAUUUUUAUGUAUAUACAAUGCAUCACAAAUUCCUUCUUUAAUGUGCUAUUUGCGCCUUUUUUGCUAUUAGAAAGAUUUUUCCUUUCAAUUUGAAUUACUUUAGGAAAUUGGCUAUAGACUGUUUGCCCUGAGGUAUUAUUGACCUUUGCCCAGGUAGCAAACAAGCAAAGAAUAAUUUAUUUCGUUUCAGACUUCACAGAGUAUUGUCAACUUGUGAGAAGAAAGCAUGUAAUUGUGUCACUGAAAAAGAUUAAUUAGUUUAAAUUAGGAGUAUGAAGUGGCUUCAUAUUUAAUUACUGAUUUUGCUUUUAUGGACUCUUCCCGGUCUUCUUAGUGAUAUGUCUAGUAACUUCUUUUGUUUAUCCACUAUAUAUUAACAUGAACAUAAAGUUAUCUGGUAGAAAUCACUGAUUAUUUCUUAUGAAACUAUUUAAUAUAUUCAGGAUCAAUUGUGAUCAGCAUUGUAAACUCAUGAAUUAGAUUAUUAAAGUCAUCACUAAAUGGUGGCAAUAUAUAUUGGCAUAGCCUGGUACAUGGCACAGAAAAUUAUCUUGAAAUUGCUAGCCACAGAAAGAAAUUAGAAUUCUUCAGGGCCUUUUGCUGUUGUAAAUGUAAAAUGAAAAACAGAAAGAAAAGAAUGUUUGAAUGAGCAAAUAUGCAGCACAACCAAAACAAAUACCAGUCUGUGAGUGCUUGGCCUGAUGGACUAUGUCUAUUUAAGAAAAGCUAACCUUCGCAGAACAAAGGAUUCUAAAUUAAAUAUGUUGCAUUUCUCUCUGUAUGUAUUUUUUAAAUAUAUUUAACAAGUUGUUGUAAAUUAUAAGCCAUUCCUUUCAGUAAGAAAACUGCAUUUUAGGAAAAAUCCUGAUGCGAUGCAAAAA